AUAGGGUUAGUGACAUUUGGAAUUGAGGUUCCGCAUUUUGUGGCUGAAAAAUCGUCUCGUUUUCAUCAAUUGAAUGACUAGCGAGUUAGCUGCUUCGCUUUGUGUGUGUGUCCAGUAAUAGCACAUAGUCUGUGUGAUGCUUGCUGGCGUGGUGUCGUGUCAGCUCAGCGCAAGAGUGAAGAACAUUACACCAUAGAAGAGAAUGACAGACAGAACUCCGCUUUUGCAUUACCGACUCUCCUGCAGUAUAACUGACGCGGACCGCUUGCACCAUGCACCGGGAACCGGCGGGCGAGAUGGGAGCCAGGUCCGUAGCUCAGGCAGCCGAACACAGACUCCCCAGGCCCAGAAGCUCUCCACCUUUUUCGGGGUCGUUAUCCCAACACUGCUCUCAAUGUUUAGCGUCGUGGUGUUCCUCAGAAUCGGGUUCGUGGUGGGACAGUCCGGUCUGUACCAGACCAUCGGCAUGUUCAUCGUGGCCUACAUCAUCAUCGGCAUGACGGUGCUGUCGGUGUGCGCCAUCUCCACCAAUGGGGCGCUCGACGCGGGCGGUGCCUACUACAUGAUCAGCCGCGCGCUGGGGCCGGAGUUCGGGGGCAGCAUCGGGAUCAUGUUCUUCCUGGCCAACGUGUGUGGGAGCGCCCUGUUCGUGCUGGGGCUGGUGGAGUCAAUCAUGGACACCUUCGGGGUCCCGCAAGGUACCGAGGCAGGGCUGGGCAGCAGCAUACAGGUCCUGCCGCGCACGUACUGGUGGGAGGUGCUCUACGGCACAAGCAUCCUGCUGUUGUGCCUGCUGGUGUGCCUGGUGGGCGCCCACAUCUACGCCAAGGCCACCUUCAUCAUCUUCCUCAUCGUCCUCCUGGCGCUGAUCACCAUCUUCAUUAGCUUUUUCGUCGUCAAGCCCCACAAGGUCACCGUGCCUUUGCUCAACGGCACGGGCGCCACCACCACCGCCAACUUCACAGGCUUCAAGCUGGCCACCCUGCAGGAGAACCUCAUGGGUGACUACACCGUGGACUACACCACGGGUAACAUGAUGAGUUUUGCCACGGUAUUCGCUGUGAUGUUUAAUGGCUGCACGGGGAUCAUGGCCGGCUCUAAUAUGUCAGGGGAUCUGAAGACCCCCAGUUACUCCAUCCCCAGGGGCACCAUCACUGCCGUCAUGUUCACUUACAUCAUCUACAACCUGCUGUCCGUCAUGGUGGCCUGCACCUGCGACAGGCUCCUGCUGCAGCGAGACUACAGCUUCUUCCAGGACAUCAAUGUCUGGCACCCCUUCGUCACCAUCGGGGUCUACUCCUCCACCCUCUCCGCAGCCAUGAGCAACCUGAUCGGGGCGUCCCGCAUCCUGUACGCGAUGGCCAGGGAUGACCUGUUCGGAAAGGUGCUGGCUCCAGCCAAGAUCAUGUCCCGCAGUGGCAAUCCGUGGGCCGCCGUGCUCAUCUCCUGGUUUCUAGUUCAGCUGGUGCUGUUCUCAGGGAAGCUCAACACCAUCGCAGGGAUCGUCGCCAUCUUCUUCAUGCUGGUGUAUGCAGCUGUGGACCUGGCCUGCCUGGCGUUGGAGUGGGCCUCCGCACCCAACUUCAGGCCCACAUUCCGCUACUUCACGUGGCACACCUGUGUGUUGGGGAUCGUGGGCUGUGGCAUUAUGAUGUUCCUCAUUAACCCUAUCUAUGCCUCGGCCAGCAUCGCCUUCAUGCUCUCCCUGCUUGUCAUCAUCCACUACUUGUCUCCCACCAGCAGCUGGGGCUACAUCAGCCAGGCCCUCAUCUUCCACCAGGUGAGGAAGUACCUGCUGAUGUUGGACGUGCGGAAGGACCACGUUAAGUUCUGGCGGCCACAGGUGCUCCUGAUGGUGGCCAACCCCCGGAGCAGCGUGGAGCUCAUCGGCUUCGUGAAUGACAUCAAGAAGAGCGGCCUGUACGUGUUGGGUCAUGUGGAGCUUGGGGACCUGGACAGGCUGCCGUCAGACCCGCUGCAGUCCCGCUACGACUCCUGGCUCACCCUCGUCGACAAGCUGAACAUCAAGGCCUUUGUCAACCUCACCCUGGCUGACACCAUCCGGCACGGCGCGCAGCACCUGCUCUUCAUCUCGGGCCUUGGCGGAAUGAGACCCAACACCAUGGUCCUCGGAUUUUAUGAUGACUGCGAGCCCCAGGACGGGCUGGGGGAGUUUGCGGGCAGCACGAUAGACACCAACCUCCUGGUCGAGGAGCCACAGCUGAACUUUCCACCGCUGCGGCGGACAGCUGGCGGCAAGGCGCUGUCGAUGGAGGAUUACGUGGCUGUAGUGUCGGACUCUGUGAAGAUGCUGAAGAACGUGGCCUUGGCACGCUACUUCUCCGGCUUCAACAGGAAGGAAGUGCUGGGCCGUAAAGCAGUGUACGUGGACGUGUGGCCGCUGAACCUGAUGCGGCCAGACAGCAGCAACUACGUUGACACGUGCAGCCUGUUCCUGCUGCAGCUGGCCUGCGUACUCACCAUGGUGCGGUCCUGGCGCCAGGCCCGGCUGCGCCUCUUCCUGUGCGUGGAGUCCGGCCGCAGCGUGCAAGGCCCCGAGGAGAAGCUCCGGCAGCUACUCCGCGAGCUGCGCAUCAAGGCAGAUAUCCACACCGUGGCCUGGGACUCUGUGGUGGCCCUGCACUGGCACAAACAGGUGGGGAGAAAGCCAGAGGAGGAGCUGGAGAUGGAGGAGGACUUUGUGAACAGCUUCCCCAGCAACGCCACCCGCAUCUCCGACGAUUACCUGCAGGCCAUCAACAGGAUGAUCCUGCAGCAGGCCUCGGAGCCAGCCGUGCGCUUCCUGUACCUUCCCCGACCCCCCGCGGACACCAGCCUCUACCAUACCUACCUGCGCCACCUGGACAUCAUGACCAGAGACCUGGGACCCACUCUGCUCAUCCACGGAGUGACUCCCGUCACCAGCAUUCACCUCUGAGCCUGCCCCGACCCCCCGCGGACACCAGCCUCUACCACACCUACCUGCUCCACCUAGACAUCAUGACCAGAGACCUGGGACCCACUCUGCUCAUCCACGGAGUGACUCCCAUCACCAGCACUCGCCUCUGAGCUGAGGCUGACCAUGCAGAGGGGAGUGUGUGUUAUCAAAGCAUUUUAAUAGUGACACUUUGCAUUGAGUGGCAUUAAUCACACCAACGUGCUUAGUUAAUCAAAACUGCAGCUGACUCGCAACAUGGUUUUAAUAACUCGGAAGUCUGUUCUGAUAAGUUGUAAAUUAGUGUGGUUGAUGUCACUGUUUCAAGUAAAGUGUCACCCUCUUUGUAUCCUGUGCCAGGAUGAACUAGGCUGGCAUAAUUACUACCACCACAUCCCUAUUUAGUUCUAUACAUAUACGCAUGCACAAAAGAAACACGUUGAUGAAAAGGUUAAAGUAAACUAUAACAGCCUGCCAAGUUCCAGUUUAUUACAUUGCUUUUGGCAAUUGAUUUAUUUCUCCAAGAUCAAGAAAACCUUUCAGAACACGGGUCUCAUUGGCAAGGAGGUCCUGGCCAACGAGCAUCUGUCACAUUUAGUUACUCCGGUUCUGACAUCCAGACAAUCCCGAUCAAUAGAGUGCAGUAUAUAAUGUUUAAACUGCAAUCAGGCGCACAAUGCAGUCCCAGCGAUACAGUACAAUCGCAGCCAGUGCUUUGUGUUUGGGAUGAUCAAGUGGCACUCAAAACCACUGUUAAACGAACAUGCUGACUUGCUGCAGCUCCAACAGGAUCAUGUGCAGAAUUCAAAGUUUUGUCCAAAGCGGACCCUCUGUUAUGAUUAAAUAUAAUAUUGCAGGACAACUUGGCUGAAACCUGGCUCUCCGGUUCCAUCACCUCUCCCAGAGGAAACGGAUAAAUAUAUCAAAGCUUAGCAGGGAAUCGGAAAGUGAAGCUGGGAAAGCCAUUCAGACAUCAGAAAAUGUGCAACAUAAAUUUCUCAGAAUGGUUCCCUCUAAUAAAGCGAUAAUCAUGGAAUCCACUCAUUUACAGCUCUUUAAAUGAGCCUGUUUAGCAUCAGAAAAUGAAGCAUUAGUCAUGGAGUACAAUAGCCUGGUGAAAUAAUUUACAUUUUGGACACCUACAUAAAUUAGGGCUUUAUAUAUUAUGUAUUUGAUUUAAUAAUAUAAUUAUGCAUGUUAAUUUUACAUGAAACCUCACGAUCAAAUCUGUGCACUUUCUGUUCAGUAGAAUAGAAAAACUGAAAGGGUGCAGGGGUAGUUGACUCCUCUGUUUAUUACAGCCCAGAUAACUGCAGUGGUGGUGUAAUAGGUGCUGAUCUAGUUUACCCCCAUUAGGCCAUACUGUCUGUAUACCAAGAAGUGCCCAAGACGGAGUUUGGCAGACUUUUCAGGUGGUGUUGAACAUCGUGUGACCGCUGCCUCCUAGUUCCUCAAGGAAAUGUAAAAGGAACUGCAUUGAAAGCGUGGCAGCUUGGGUACAGCAGAGGGGAGCUAGACUGUAGUGAGCACAAGGUUACAGGACAACUACAUCAGCCUGAAGAGCCCCAUGAGGGUCGAAUUACCGUUCCAGUGCAGUCACUGUGCUCCACUGUUUGUACCCAUUUCAGUACAUUCUCAUUUCAGAUAAAGUUAACAGGUGUCUAGCAGGGGGGUGGAUCUUCUGCACAGUGUAAACCAGAGAGAUAGUGAACAUGGUGAUUCAUUACAGACUGUUCUACACCCUCUGGAAACACUGCAGGUUCCUUCCUAGGAGGAUCAGAGCGCACUUUCUCAGUGAAACCUUUGCAGGCGGACUGACCAAAAUCCAGGUUUUCAUUCUUCACACAAAUCUGUCAGUGGAUUGCCUUAAACCUGCCUUCUCAAAUUGGUAGAGUGGCUUUCUUAUGGGCUGUAGUUGUGUCGUGCAGCUAAUCUUCAGUGCUGCUGCUCCUAGCUGCAGAGACCAUAAGGGACCCUCCUGUUGCUUUAUUUACACCAGCCGUCGCUCCCACUGAACUUGACUGAUCGACGUGAGAGAGAUGCUCACAGUACAGAUGCUCUACUUCCAGUUUUCUUAACCGUUACUACAAGAAAAGCUUUGUUUCUCCUUUUUAUUUUUUUCUGUCAAAAGAUAGUUUUUACUGGUAUAUGCUUUCAAGCAGCUGUCUGGAAAGUCAUUUCAUGUUUCCGAGUUGAAGGAUUUUGUGACAGUUGGCAGCGGUGCGUAUAGUUUCCUCUUGGACUGAAAUCAAACCAAAUAAAAAGUUAAGUUUGAACAUGUGGACACUGAGUGUGUUGUGUGGACACUGUGGGUAUGCUAUAGGUGUUUGCCAGUUACCUUAAAGCCAUAAAUAUUAGCGACCAAAAUACUUGCAGAAUCACACCAUAAAACCUAUUUUGCUCCACAAAUGUUGACAACCUGUUGCAAUAUCGCAAUACCCUUCAAUAUUGAGUUUGAUUUAUGGCUUUACAGUACCUGGAACAUUGGACCCAUUACCAGACGUUUUUCCAUAAGCACUUGUUUCCAGGAUAGCACACCCUUGUUUGAUAAGCACUUGUUUCCAGGAUAGCACGCCCUUGUUUGAUAAGCACUUGUUUCUAGGAUAGCACUCCCUUGUUUGAUAAGCACUUGUUUCUAGGAUAGCACUCCCUUGUUUGAUAAGCAGUUGUUUCCAGGAUAGCACGCCCUUGUUUGAUAAGCACUUCUUUCUAGGAUAGCACGCCCUUGUUUGAUAAGCACUUGUUUCUAGGAUAGCACAUGCUUGUUUGAGCUGCCAGGUUUCUUUUGAAGGAUGUUUCAUUUGUAUUGUUUAUUGUGCUUCGGUAUCCUUGAUCAGCAUGGUCUUCACCAGCAGGUGCAGAGAGUGAGAGUCCGAGAGACUCUGGGAAGAAAAAAAUAACUUUGGAAUUGCAGCUGCUAGAGUAUUUUUUUUUUUUUUUUUUUUUUUUUUUUUUUUGGUUUAUGUAUGCAAGCCUAUAUUAUUAUGAUUAUGAUGCUGGGUGACUGUAAAGCCAGUUGUCUGUUUUGCAGUAUGCGUGUGAGAUGCUGUUGCAUUCUGCUGUGUUUUAGUAUACUGAACCCUUCCCUGAGACACUGGGUGCAACACCAUCAGUCAAUGCAAUAACAUCCCUGUGGGUGUCGGGUACACUACAGGGAGCUGUGUGGCACAGCUUGUUCCACUGUCCUGUUGCUCUGCUACCCACAGCCUGCUGCCUCAACUAACUCACCAGGUUCCAUUGCUCUGUAGAAGGUCAGUGUUUGUUUCUUCCAGAGUGACCAGCUGACUGUAACCACCCUGUGUACUGGUGUGAAAUUCACAAUACAACAGCAGUGCUGCUUCUUUGUGAGUUAUAAUAUGCUUAUAUAUAUAUGAACUCAGCAAAUGUUUUCUCAAUUCUUAAUAAUGAUGAUGGCAUACUUUUUAUUGAAAGUAAAACAAUAAACUAGUAAACAUAAAUAUAUGUGUGUGUUUGUGAGUGAAAUUCUCUUGGUCAGGUCUUUGAAGGUAAGGUAAGGACUGCAUUUAAAGAUGUUUUAUCUCUUCAAUGCUUUUACUUCAGCCAGUUUAACUGCAUUUCCACACGCAUGUUGUUUGAUUGUAUCCGGAAGACAGCUGGCUUCAAUAUUUCAAUAAGGUGAAACUCAUUAACCUCCAUUGAUAAAUACAUCCCUGCGAUCCCAUUGGAGCUCAGCUCUCGUGAAACAGUCUCGUGUGAGUUGUAAACAGAAAGCAGAUUACAGCGGGAACAGGAGUUUCAAAUGUUUCUGAAAGCCUUGCACAUCCCGCUAGGAGCAGAACCCCAUUGGAAGUAAUAGAUGAACGCACGGAAUACCUUUCCUCCCCAAUAAAUCAAAUCAUUAUUUCAGUAAGAGGUCCCGCUCUCCACCAAAUUGACCUUGUUAUGACCAAUUCCACUUUCCAUUGGAGGAAAUUAUAUUUAUGUAAGUAGACUAAAACACAUGUGUCAACUCGGAAUAUACUGGAACUCCUGUGCAACUAAAGAUAUUUGGCAAA